AGCAGAAGUCUGAGAUCCAGAGGAGUCAUGGCUGCUGUGUUCGCUGUCCUUCUGUUGGGGCUGCUGGCCGCCGCCGCCGCCGCCGACGUCCCCGCCGCCCCCAGCUGUGAUGAUGUCAUCACCCCGCUCCGCAGGGACCAAGCAGACAAGGCGUUGGGCUCCUGGGUUCUGGUGGGUUCCGUGACAGAUGAGAAGACGGGCCUGCUGCCUCUGCUCUCCAGCUCCCUCAUGGAGCUCUCGCUGUCGGAGGACAACAGCUCCUUCACCUACAUCGAGAGGAACGGGUUCGGCAUUGGGUCGUGUGUCUGGUACCACAUCGUCGGUGACAUUACGGACGAAGCCAACCUCACUGUGAGGCUCCACACUAUGGUGCGUGACCAGGGCGGUGUGGAGAUCACCACUCGGGGGUUCAUCGGACAGAUCACUCUGUUCCAGAGCUGUCCGUCCUGCCCUGAGGACCGGCUCACCUCCUACUACAGCGGCGUGUACGACCCCACAGACAGCAACUCCACCAACGUCCAGUUCAUAAUGAACUACAGGAGGGAGGGGCAGCACCAGGACCUGGAGGCUCUGAAGGAGGUUCCUCUGAGCACCAGACAGCAGGCCGUGUGCCUCAACAUGACAGAAAUCACCGGGGAGUACACCUACGACGGAGUCUCAGAGCCGUGUCCCAGGAAGGUGCUGGUGCUGAAACCAGACGAAUAAACCGAGCACUGAAGAUCUAUUCUCUGCUCCGGAAUAUAUCAGAAAUAAAAUCUCUAAUCAAAGUGA